GAAAUUGACCACGGCGCUGCGUGAGAGGGUGUGUUUUCAUGCCUGGAACAAAAAACAAUCUUGUGAUUGACAAUUUCCUGGAGGGAGGUACUCCUUAUCAUUUCGAAUCUCCAAAUUGCCUUGGACUCAGGUUGGCCUCAAAGAAGCCAACUACAAGCGCAGAGCACACUCGUCAGUAAACUCACAAUGGACUAAUCUGGAAACGUAGAACAACAGAAAUUCAACACACACUCUCUGCUGCUAAGGACGGACGGUUAUUUGAGAUACAGUUAUUGUAACUGACCUAAGCAGGAAUGAUUCAGAGGAAAGAGGUUGUGCUCUCUGUCCUCGGCAAGCUCCAGGAUGCCACAGAGUGCACAGGCUUGGAGGCCCUCACCAAAGUGGCCAUGGAGGUGGAGCGAGUCCUGUUCCCCUUCCUCCUCCCCACAGAGACUUGCAAGGAGCUCAUGUCUUGGAUGGGUAUCGACAGUGUGGCCCAUACUCUUUACCCUGCAGAUGCACCCGUUGGCCUUUUGCCUCUGGCCUGCAAGGGGGAGGGGAACUUGCUAUUUGAUGCUGCCAGCAUGCUGUUGGUGGGGUGCACCAGCCUCAGCCUGGAGCUCCAGGUGAGAACCGUGGUGGAGAUGCUGCUGUGGAAGCGGUACUACCUGUCUGGCAUGAUCGACUCAAAGGUAAUGCUGCAGGCUGCCAGGUUCUCCCUUUCUGCUGAGGAGUCGGAGGACAUGCUCAACCUACCCAUGGCUGUGCUGGAGGCCAUCUUUGAUGCCGAUGUCAAGGCGUCCUGUUUCCCUGGCUCAUUUGCCAACAUGUGGCACGUCUAUGCUCUCUCCUCUGUGCUACGGUGCAAUAUAUACUCUGUCUACCCCAUGUACAACCUGAAGAUCCGGCCCUACUUCAACCGGCUCAUACGACCCAGGGUUUGGCCUAAGGAGACAGGGUUAUCGACCCUGCACAUCAUGUGGUCUGGGGAGUUGGAGAAUGCCUCUGUUUUUAAGCCUCACAACUUCAUUGCCCUUGUGAAAGCCUGCGAUCUGAACAUAGGCACCCCCAACAGCGAACAAAGAGCUCUACCACUUAAGACACUUGAACUGCUGAAUCAGGACUCGCAGCUGUCCUACUCCAACCUCAAGGAUAAGUUCAACAUCACAAAGAGCACCUUCUACCGCUGGAGAAGGCAAACCCAGGAGCACCGCCAGAAGUCAGCUGCCAGGUACGAGGCCAAACACUUCUUUCAAGCUUGCUACUUGGAGGGUAAGCUCAUACCUCUCCACCAGUUCAAGGAGUUCUUCCCUGAGAUCUCCCGGUCAACCUACUAUGCCUGGAAACAUGAGCUGCUGUCAUCUGGAGGGAACCUCUCUGGGGGGUCCACUGGAGAGGUGAGUCCAGGAGAGAGCACAGAACCAGAGUCCUGGUCCUCACCAGAGGGGAAGCACAGUGAUCAUCAGGACAUAACAAACUACUUCACGUUCAACUCCGACAAGCUCGAGGGAGAGCGCACCCAAAAUCUUACCAUGAUGCAAGAGGCCAAGAAGUGCCUUCAGAACUGCAUUGCAAUGAACACUUCAUGGCCGUACAGAAUCUUUAAAAGGACCUUCCCAGGCAUAUCAAGGUCAACAUACUACAACUGGAGGAGAGAAGCCAUGCUGUUCAAUCCAGGCUACAAAGAUGCCACAGGGAGCGGUGAGGACAGCUCGGAUGGUGACAAGUCUCAGAGUCUAAAUGGUGAGCUGUUCCCCAUUCAGCCAGUGAGCCAUAGGCAAGCCCUAAGGGUCAAGAUCUGCAGGCGCAAGGCCAAGAGUGUCCAGGUGGUGCACCUUCGAAACAAGAAGCUCCGAGAGCAGGCAAAAUCCUGUGCCCAGAAGACCAAAAUGCCACACUCCAAGUUCAAAGUCAUGUUCCCCUCCAUUUCCACCAGCUUCUACUGGUUCUGGAGAAAGAGAAGCAACCGACGAGAAAAAAUUGUGGACAACCCACAGGUGAAAGAAGCAGAAAGCAUGGGUUUUAUAAGAGAUGACAUUAAAGAAGAGAUUACCAGUCCUCCAGUGUCUCCUUUGGAGGAUGACACCAAGCAAUUGAAUGGCGAGACUGUUUCCCCUUAUCAAGUCACUCUGCCUGCAUUCCCUGCCUUCCACAAAACCCCAGAGGACCACGUGUUUGUCAUGGAUGUGGUGGCGCUGGCCAACUUUAAGGCUAAAGCAAAGUUAUUCCUGCAGCAACGCUUUGAGGAAAAGUCUUUCCCCACUUUCAAGGAGUUUAGAUCCUAUUUCCCCCUCACGCCACGUUCCACUUACUAUAUGUGGAAAAGAGCUUUGCAUCAUGGUGUUCCAUUAGUUCACAGUUGAUGACUCCCAUUUCCUGAAUGCCCCCACAGCUCUCUGUGUUCAAAGCUUUAACAUCCCACCAAUCGUGAAGGCUACGUGGUUUUCCAUCAGCUUGGACUCAUGGGAAGAAAAUCCACUCGCAAUAAGUUUUUUUUUUUUAAAUUGGCAGCUAAAAAGGCUAAUCAUCAGAUCUCUAAAUUGUAACUUAAAAAUGUCCCUCUUUCCUUUUCCUUACUUUACUCUGCUCUCAUCUCAGGUCUAGGACAUUAGCAUGUGUGUGAAAUGGGACUAUCCUUAAGCUGUGCACCACUUAAGCCUUGAUGGCCCUUGGGCAAAAGGGUAGUUCAAAGCCAGAGAUAGUGAGGCUUCAAAUGGCUCUUUGUUUGAGUGGUCUCUUAAUCGCCUUGAACCAUUGUGGCUGGGUGGCCCUUUAUUUUCUAUUUUAUUUUAGUUGUGCUCACGCUUUCAAAGUUUAUUUUUAUUUUAUUUUGGUAAGUCAUCAUGACUAGCAUCUGUAGUUUCCCAUGGUUACCAUAUAUUUUAGAAUUGUGAUGAUGAGAAAUUAAAGCAUUGUACAUUUCUUUGUUUGACCAUUUUCCGUUCCAUUUUUUAAUUCACAUAUAUAUAUUUUUGUAUUGACGACGAUGUUAUCUGUAUCUAGAAAUGAAAUCACUGUGGCACCACUUAUUUGUUUUUGCCACUCUUAAAUUUGGAUAGAGGUUUUUUUUUUUGUUCCAAGUUGUAAAUUCACUAAAUUAAGCAAUGAAAUGUUAUAGAAUGCUCAGUGUAAAUGUUUACAAUGCAACAUUUUAUGAAAGGAAUAUCAGGGUCUAUAUUUCAUUUUGCACACAGUAUUUUGAAAAUGUCUUGUGAAAAGUGUACGGAUGUCCGUGUUUUGAUUUGUUGCUGUAUGAGAUGUAAAUCUGUUUUGCUUCACCUUUUUUUUUAAACUACCUAACUUGAUUUUUUUUUUUUUUUUGUCUUUUGACCUCAAGGUCGGGACCAUAAUGCAUCACAAAUAUAUUCUUUUUUCUUACUUUUGUCACUUUGUAAUGAUCAAAAUGUAUGAUGUCACCAUUGUGGUGUAGUAAAAUUCUAAGAUUUGUGUAGACGGUUUAACGACAUCUCAAGUAGCGGCUGUUUCAGAUGAUGUGCUAUGGAUCUUCAUUGGUCAAUGUCAGUGGUCUGUGUGGGAUUGUGCAUGUAGUUACUCGCAAAGCAAUAUUUGCUCUGAAGCAAGAAAUCAAUAAACCAUCCUCAAAAUGUUUUGUUGUGCCUGAAUGCUUUUCAUGUCUAUCACUACUCGUCACACUCCCAAGUGGGUCAUCAUUAAUGUUUGCACUUUUGCACUCAUAACAUCUUGUUUAAAUCCACGGAGGCAUGUAAUUGUCUCAUUU